GAGGGGACGCGGCGGCCACUGGAGGAGUGCUAGGUCUGUGUGCGAGCGGGAUUGGGGCGCGCGCCGGCUGCGGGAGGCCUCGGAGACCGGGGCGAGGGGCCGGGCCGUGUGGAGCUGCUCGUCAGUCUGCCGGCGCCUCUUCUGCGGAGGAGCAGCUGCAGUCGGAGGGAUUUUAGAAAUGGCUACUCCCCAGUCAGUUUUCGUCUUUGCGAUCUGCAUUUUAAUGAUAACGGAAUUAAUUUUGGCGUCAAAAAGUUACUAUGAUAUCUUAGGUGUGCCAAAAUCAGCAUCAGAGCGCCAAAUCAAGAAAGCUUUUCACAAGUUGGCCAUGAAGUACCAUCCCGACAAAAAUAAGAGCCCUGAUGCUGAAGCAAAAUUCAGAGAGAUUGCAGAAGCAUAUGAAACACUCUCAGAUGCUAAUAGGCGAAAAGAGUAUGAUACACUUGGACACAAUGCUUUUACUAAUGGUAAAGGACAAAGAGGUAACGGAAGUCCUUUUGAGCAAUCAUUUAACUUCAAUUUUGAUGACUUAUUUAAAGACUUUGGGUUUUUUGGUCAAAACCAAAACACUCGGUCCAAGAAGCAUUUUGAGAAUCACUUCCAGACACGCCAGGAUGGUUCCAGUAGACAAAGACAUCAUUUCCAGGAGUUUUCUUUUGGAGGUGGACUGUUUGAUGACAUGUUUGAAGAUAUGGAGAAAAUGUUUUCUUUUAGUGGUUUUGACACCAAUCGGCAUACAGUACAGACUGAAAAUAGAUUCCACGGAUCUAGCAAGCACUGCAGGACUGUCACUCAACGAAGAGGAAAUAUGGUUACUACAUACACUGACUGUUCAGGACAGUAGUUCACUAUUUUCUGUUCUCACUAAAGCCAACUAGUUGACUUUUCUUCAAUACCCUUUGAUGCAAAACAAUUUUCUGUGAACUAUUUUGACAAGUGCAUGAUUUCACUUAACUUGAUAUAGAUAUUAAAUGUAUUUAAAUGUUUUUGACAAAUUCAGCAACACUCAGUAGAAAAUAGCUAAUUAUUAAUUUCCCUGAUAGGAAAGAUUCUUUAAAAAAGAUACUAUAAUUCUGCCUGGUCUUUUUUCUCUACUUGCCCUUGGGCUUACUUGCGUGGCCAGUUUUAUUACCAAGAAAAGAUUGAGUUUGCCUGAUAUAUUUAAAGGUUAAACUUUGAAACUUAUUGUAGAUUUAAAUUGUGUGAACUUGAAUGGUUUUUUGCAGUGAAACCUUUGCUAAUUUAAAAUUGCAUGCUCUGCGGCAUCUCUGAUUUGGGUUGCUAAAUGUACACGAAACUGUAAUUGAGUCAUUCAGCAAAGGAUAGCAGUAUCUUUCCACUGAAAACUUUAGAAAGGCAUGAUUUAAUAUUUACCACAGAACCAUACCUUUCUGCAGUAAAAUUGGAGUAAGUGAAAUGAUCGGAUUGCUCAUAGCCAUUUGGCUGAAAGAAAGUUGAAAACUUUUGAAAUAUUACCAAGAGAUUGUUACAUGCUUGGUCCCUGGCUGAUGAUUUUGUAGUGUUGAAAUCAUAGCUAAUUUAUAUAUCAUUUCACAUUUCUUUCUUUGUUGUUGGCGCUCUAAGUCUUAUAUGGAUUUAUGUAUUUUUUAUGUGUGUGUGGUUCCUCUUCUUUGCACUCAUCUUUAUCUAGAGAUUGACUAAUACCUCAUUCUGUUUGUAAAAACAGCCAGUAAUUUCUGUGCAACCUUAUUAUGUGCAAUAUUUUUAAAUCCUAAGAAAUGUGUGCUUUUGUUUUCAUAUAGACUUAUUUCUUUAGUUCAGCACUUUUUGCAUUAUACUCCAUACGAGUAUUAAUCCUAUGGAUACAUACUAAAACUAGUAAAUGUCUCAUACAACAUUGUGUGUGAGUGAGAGAAAUAUAAUAUUUACAAUAUGA